UCUCCCAGAGCACCCCGCGCCGCCGUGGUGGACUCCAUCUCCCAGACCACCCCGCGCCGCUCGGCCCCUACGGACCGGGACGCUCGGCCUUUCCAGUGCCGCGGGGUGGGGGGUGCCUCGCCGCGGGUCUGGGCGGCGGCGGCGGCGCGAUGGACAGCCCCGAGGUCACCUUCACGCUGGCCUACCUGGUGCUGGCCGUGUGCUUCGUGUUCACGCCCACCGAGUUCCACUCGGCCGGGCUCACGGUGCAGAACCUGCUGUCCGGCUGGCUGGGCAGCGAAGACGCCGCCUUCGUGCGCUACCAUCAGCGCCGCACGGCCGCCACGCUGCUGUGCCACUCGCUGCUGCCCCUGGGCUACUACGUGGGCAUGUGCUUUGCAGCCUCGGAAAAGCGGCUCUACUCCCCAAGCCAGGCCCCCGAGGCCUGGCGGCUCUUCCUCCUCCUGGCCGUGACCCUGCCCACCAUCUCCUGGACCCUGAUCUACUACUGGUCCCGCGACCGGUGGGCCCGCCACCCGCUGGCCCGCUCCCUGGCCCUCUAUGCCCUCCCACAGUCGGGCUGGCAGGCUGUCGCUUCCUCUGUCAACACUGAGUUCCGGCGGAUCGACAAGUUCGCCACAGGGGCCCCGGGUGCCCGUGUGAUCGUGACAGACACGUGGGUGAUGAAGGUGACCACGUACCGUGUGCACGUGGCCCAGCAGCAGGAUGUGCACCUGACCGUGACGGAGUCGCAGCAGCACGAGCUCUCGCCGGACUCGAACCUGCCCGUGCAGCUCCUCACCAUCCGCGUGGCCAGCACCAUUCCUGCCGUGCAGGCCUUCGACAUCCGGCUGAACUCCACAGAGUAUGGCGAGCUGUGUGAGAAGCUCCGGGCGCCCAUCCGCAGCGCGGCCAACGUGGUCAUCCGCCAGAGCCUGGGCGACCUGUUCCUGGAGACCUUUGCCUCCCUGGUGGAGGUGAACCCAGCCUACUCGGUCCCCAGCAGCCAGGAGCUGGAGGCAUGCAUCGGCUGCAUGCAGACACGCGCCAGCGUGAAGCUGGUGAAGACCUGCCAGGAGGCGGCGGAGGGCGAGUGCCAGCAGUGCUACUGCCGCCCCAUGUGGUGUCUCACCUGCAUGGGCAAGUGGUUCGCCAGCCGCCAGGACCCGCAGCGCCCCGACACCUGGCUGGCCAGCCGCGUGCCCUGCCCCACCUGCCGGGCGCGCUUCUGCAUCCUGGACGUGUGCGCCGUGCGCUGAGCGGGCCGGGCCAGGGCGAGGGCGCGGCGGGGGGCUGCUUUCCCAGCUGCACGAGGACGGGGCUUGUGUAGAGCUGCUCUGUGAAGUGCGGGCAGGGCAGUGGGAUGGGUCUCGGGGCUCUGCCUGCAUUCCCCACUCUGGGUGCGGGUGGGUAAGGUCACAGAACACGGCCUGGGCCCAUCUCCUGAGUAUUCUGGGCCCCUGAGCCGUCUGGGAGACCCUGGAGUGUCCCAGGUGGCCUCACCUGGGCCACCUGCCUUAAUUCUGUGGAGCCCACCUGCCCCGUGGUUACACACCAGGCCCAGAUUCGUCCGGACAGGCUGUGGUUAGUCCUGCUGCUGGCCCCAGGGAGGCUGCUCAGAGGACCUGGGGCAGAGCCUGACAGUGGAGGGGAGACCUAGCUGCACCCCAGAUGAGGCACCAGCUGGGGCCUCCUGGCGGCUGCCCCGGGAUGCCACCAGGAGGCCCCACUCCUGCCCCUGUUGACCCCGGGCUUCCCAUGAGGAGCUGGGCGCCAGACUGGCAGCUCCGUCACCUUUCCCUCAGCUGUGUGCUCCUGGGGCCACUCCCCCGGAGGGUCAUUACCUAUGUGCCUUCUGCUGCCCCCAGGUCCAGGGAAGAGCCACACCUUAGCUUCCUGGCGGGAGGCACUGAGCUGAAGACCAAGCACCACAGUGGCAUCCCACAUCCACACAGGCUUGUCAGAACGCAAGCACAGGACUGGGCGCAGCCCCACCGGCCCACCUGGCUCAGAAGGGGACAUGCCUGUGGGCAAGGCACUGAGGGUGUCUUACCAGUUCCUGGUGGGGUGGCAAAAGGGCAGUGCCAGGACCCAGCUCUGGGAGGCAUGGCUGCUGGAGCCUCAGACUCGUGACCCAAAACCCCCUAAAAUUGGUCAUCUAGCAGGGGUGAUGGACCCAGCUGGCCCACCUCACCCAAGGCCACGCCAAACGCAGGGGACUGGGGAGCAGAGAACUUGUGGGCCUUGGGGUGCUCAGCAGGUGAAGGUAGCAGAGGCAGCCAGGACCACGCCCAGCCUCGGCCUGGAAUUUCAGAUGCUGCCCAGGGAGGGUUUUACUACAAAAGGAAGUUAAUUUCGUAAAGACGAGUCUAUUGUA